AUGAACGGAGAAGCAAAUUUUUCUUCAAUGGCACCACCAACUUUCGAUGGAGAAAGUUAUCAAAUCUGGGCAGUUAGAAUGCGGAUAUAUCUACAAGCUUUGGGUCUCGGGGAAGCUGUUGAAGAUGAAUAUGAGAUAGUUCCCUUGCCGAAAAAUGCCACGUUGGCGCAGAUUAAAACUCACAAGGAGAGGAAUACUAGAAAAUCAAAGGCAAUGGUAUGCUUAUUUACUGCAGUUUCAUCUAAUAUCUUUACUCAUAUCAUGUCUCUAGAAUCAGCAAAAGAGCUGAAAAGGAUGAAAGAAAGUGAAACCAUAAAGGAGUACUAUGACAGACUUCUUAAUUUAGCAAAUCGCAUCAGAUUGUUGGGUUCCACAUUCAAUUAUUCAAGGAUUGUUGAGAAAAUCCUAGUAACAGCACCUGAAAUAUUUGAGGCUGCCAUAACAACCUUAGAAAAUACUAAGGACUUAUCCAAGGUCACACUUGCAGAGCUUUUAAGUGCUUUUCAUGCAUAA